AUGGUUGUGAUUCUGAAAAGUCUUUUCCCAGCAUGCUUAUUCAACAUAGUGGGCUUCGGAUCCAAGUUCAAGACGCUGUUUUCCACCAGCCAGAGCUAUGAUGAGGAGAGCUUGGCGUUGGCUUGUGAGCAUGUGAAGAAGAUCCGGGCUGACAUGGGCGGCACAAACAUACUGGCUCCUCUCAACUGGAUCCUGCGGCAGCCCAUGCAGAGAGGUCAUCCUCGCCUGCUCUUCCUCCUGACCGAUGGAGCCGUCAGUAACACGGGGAAAGUUAUUGAGCUGCUCCGCAGCCACGCCAGGUUCACCAGGUGUUACACAUUCGGGAUAGGCCAGGGUGCGUGCAGAAGGCUGGUUUUAGGACUGGCCGCUGUUUCCAGAGGCACAGCUGAGUUCCUGGCAGAAGGAGAACGACUGCAGCCCAAGAUGAUUAAGUCGCUGAAGAAGUCCAUGACAUCAGUACUGACUGACAUCUCCAUCGAGUGGCUGUAUCCUGAGACAAAGGAGAUCCUGCUCUCUCCAGUGGGGAUGACCUGUCUGUUCCCUGGGGACCGGCUGAUUGGAUACAGCGUGGUCUGUGACACCUCCAGAUAUCACUCCAACCCCAAAUCAGACAAACGGAGGCGGUACAGUAUGAUGCGUUCCAACGAGUCGGCCAGUUCAGUGUUCUAUCACUCUCAAGAGGAGGAUGCUGGGAAGGUGUCCUCUGACGGUCAAGUCGGUCAAGUCGGCUCGCUGUUUGACAGUUGCCAGGAGACCAUGUCUGAGAGCAGUCCUGUCGUCACAGAGCAAGACAUUAUGGGAACUGACAUAGCCACCUCUCCACGAAGACGUGCUUACAGCACCAAUCAGAUUGUAGAUUACAACCCCAUGAAGAAGGCCUACACCCCCAGUGACCCCAGCUCAGUGGUGGGCAAAAACCCCCUUAGAAGAGCAAAAGUUCAGGAACUCAUAGGACAGACACAUCCUGACCACGGAAAUCAGUGGAAAAUGGACUACCAGCCACAGUUGGCCAGCCUGUGUGCCACAUCCUCAAGAGGACGUCCCGUUACUGCUCACAAACCUCCAGCGCAGCAACCAGAGGGUCUCCAGGGGGAGUCUAAGGUGGAUCAGACCCAUCCCGGCCCAGUCGUGGAAGACGGCUCCAGGUCUUCAACUGAUCACUGUUCAACUGACAGCCCUUCUUUAGGCAGCACCGGUGAUGCAGAUGGUUACACGCAUCAGCUUUGCGAAGUCGAAACGCCCCAGGAUCCUCACGCGCCGGAAUUCAAGGCCAGUCUGGGAAAGGGAGAUUGCAAAGUGGUCAUAUCAGGACUGCUGUGCGGGAAGCCCAUGAGAUGGGAGGUGGCCUUUGACAUCCAGCCUUACCUGAAAGGCCGAGAGCGGGAGGAGAAAGUUCACGAGGACCUGUGGAACGAAACCUUCCAUCACCUGGCGGGAAGCUCCAUUAUUCAAGACUUUGAACACAUGGCGGAUAAAGAGUGUGAGAUUGAGCAUGGUUCUGGGAGAAGGUACCAGCUUUAUGCCAUCCACACAAGCAAAGCCUGCAACAUCUUGAGCAAAUACACAGCGUUUGUUCCUAUCGAUCUGGACAGCAAUGAAUAUUUGCCCACCUGCAUUGAGUACAGCCAUCCCGGGGAGCAUCAUAAACGAAGUUCGCACUGCAGUUCUCGUUCCAGCAGCAGGAAGAACCGUGCUUACUCUGUGGGUCUGGGUCGCUCGCAAUCGGGAGGUUUGCCUGGGCAAGAUGAUGCAGCGUUAUGUUACAACGAUUCAUCCCAACCCCCCUGCAAAACACCCUCAUCCUCCAGCUGGGACCGAUGUAGUUCUUCUGAAGCCUCUCAAAGGAGUUCAUCGGUGACCUCCGACCCUUCGCAGAGAUCAGUCGAGAGCCUUUUCUCUGCCAGCAAGCUGAGCCUGAGCAGGACACGUCUCCUGACGAAAGCCGCCAGGGGCUUCAUGAGCCGGUCGCAGAGCAAAAUCUGCAACUCCAUGGGAGAGAGCGAAAAUGACAACAAGGACUACAUCCCUCUGGUGUCAUUGCAGCUGUCCUGUGGGGCGUUCAUGUUGGACAGUGCCUUGUGUGAUGCCAUCAACGUGCCCAUGGACAAGCUGAAGUGGACGUCGCCCUUCACCAGCCACAGACUCAGCCUUACUCAUGUGUCCCACUCUGGUUCCCGGCGCUCUGAGAGUCUGGAGGUCCACCACGGCUCCUCGCCUCCUCCAAAAGACUUAGACUUCAACUCUGAAUGUGAGGAGUUGGUAUCCCACACAUCUUCAUCCUCAUUCCAGGCCCGGAGCCCUCGGAUGGAGGGCGAGCCUUCGUUGUGGAGUGGCUUCUCGUCGAUGUCGACCAAAGCCCCGCCAUCGCCUAUCAACUCUUUGUAUGACAGCGGACGGGGGUCUGAGACUGAAAUUGCAGAGACAGCCCUGCCGGGUUCACCCGGGAUCCUGCGAAGGGCCGUGCAAGACCCCGAGGGGAUGGUGUGGGCGACUGCUGUUGCUCUGGCCUGGCUGGAACACAGUUCGGCAAGUUAUUUCAUUGAGUGGGAGAUGAUCGCCGCCAAGGCCAGCAUGUGGCUAGAUGAACAGAUCGUCCCAGAGGGCCGAGACCUGGCGUCGGUCAAAGCCGCGGCCAAUCAACUCUUCAUCAUCCUCAGACACUGGGACGAGAACCUGCAGCUCAACAUGCUCUGCUAUAACCCCAACAGCAUGUGAGGCCUGACAGGGUAGGGACGAAACUUCAAUCUAUGCUAAACGAGGGUUUUACUCGCCUUGAGUUGUUUUAAUGUUUAUUCUGUGGAUUUCGUUUUAGUUUUAUGAAUAGAAAUUGUAACAGUAUUUCAUCAACCUGAAGGCCAGAAACAUACUCCGCACAGGUAUGUAAACGCCAAUGUAUUGCAAGCAUCCUGUUGUAUAUAUGUAACUUGUUUUCUUGCAUUACUGUAGCAGUAACAAACCUAUAAAAGAUCUGUA